CAUCAGUCGCUCUCAGUUGUGAACGUGGUAGGAGAAUCGGUUGGUGUUGCGUUGAGAUGCCGUCGUUGCCUUCUUGAAGUUUCGUCUCGCUCUUCGCAUCCGAACUUCCGUCGCGCCUCUUGGAUUUUUAAUCGUCGAGUUGUCUCGCGCGAACUUUUUUGUUUCGUCGAUUCCUAGUCCGCGUGCCGGCACAUACCGUCAGGCAUCAUGGGACGUGGUGGCGUUGACACACCGACGAAGCAGCGGACCAGCAGCAACGAUGUGGUCCUCAAACUGAACCUGGACACCUCCCUGGACAACUUCGACCUCUUCCACAAGAGCGUGCUCCCUUACGAAGUGUCCAAGGUGUCACCGCAGCCAUCUCCGAGGACGCCCGCAACAAAGACGUCUUCCACAGCCGUCGCCACAGACAAAGACAUGAAGCGGGAAGACUGGCUGGCGCAUUCCAUCGAGCAAGUCUGUCGCAAGACGCUCUACAAGAACAUCCAGUACCGGACCGUCAACAUGUCUGAGUUCCAGGACAAAGAGAUCGUCCGCGUCCAGAAGGACAAGCUGCCCGAGAAACCCAAGGACGACGUGGCGUCCGCACCCGCGCUACCUGCCAGGGCCUGCGUCACGACCACCCCGAACAAUGCCAACGGCAAAAAGGGAAAUGCGAAGACACCCGAGAACUCGAAGAUCCCCCCCAAGACUCCGAAGACGAGCACUCCGAAGGAGUCCUUUAUGAGGCGCUGCUGUCGACGGGGCAGUUCUUUCAGACUCCUGAAGUCGUCGGAGAAGAAGAACGUCCGCUUCGCGUCAUCCGAAGACUUGACGCUAGAGGAACGGGACUCUCCAAUGACCAACAGCCUUCCCAAGCCCGGGAAGUACGGGCAGCGGUCUUUUGACACCAGCGGCUCGUCGUCGAGGACCAAGGCGGAGGAGGCCUUGGAGAACAUCUACGCUGCCGUCAGUCCCAUCGUGCCGAGUGCCCUCCAAGACGUCUGUCAGAAGCUUCCCUUCGUUGACGACGAUCCCAGGACACCAGUCAAGGGACGGGACACCGCAGAAAACGCCGAGGACUCGUGCGUCAGCCCGUCUGCCCUGCCCGAGAACAGCCCCCUGGGACACUACCUCCAGUGGAUUGUUGAGCAGUCUGGUCUCAGUUCGGUGCCCAGCGUUCAGCAGUGGCUCAAGAACGUUCGUCUUUCCGUCGAAAACGAGUGUCUGAGUGCUCUUCAGAGCAAGUCCCUCACAAAAGACCCAGCCCUUGCUGCUGUUCUGGCCGUCGGAGACGCGCAAGAAGCCAUAACGUCACUCCAGGACCGAGUCGACUCCAUCAUGGCGACGGUAGGACACGUGACUCGGAGACUAGAGCAGGGUCACUGGCUCAAGUUCUGCAGCAGCACUCCUGGUCUGAGCUCCGAAGUCAGCGACCUGCUGCGGGACUACAAGCCUAUCAUCCACGGGUCGUCACCAUACUCCCGCAAGGUGGAGAGCCAUCUCUACCGGAUCCUGCAGAACCUCCGCGAGAUCGGAGCUAGGCCUAACCGAAAGCCCGCCAGCGCUCACGAGUUCGAGUCCAUCCAGUCUCUGAUGUCGGACGUCAAGAACACCGUGCAGACUCUCAGCAACUCCCUGAUUCUCAAGGACCUCGAAAAGAUCGUCAUCCUCAUCAAAGAAAACAAGACAAUGGGCUGCGCCCGUCGCGCUGUGGCAGCCCUCAGCGGCCUCGGCGAAACCGGUCCAGACAUGUGCGACCUCAUCACACGAGUCAGCGGGGUUACCGCUCUGCUCUCCAUCGCCCAAGACCCGAGCCUGCUGCAACUAAAGUGUGCCGCCAUCCGAGCCCUGACCAUCAUCUGCUGUCACUCCGGUGCCAUCCGCCAGCUGGAGCAGUCCGGUGGCAUCGAGUGCAUCCAGAAGACGCUCGGCGACGCGGACUCCACGCAGCAGGAAAAGUGCGAGGCCGUCGGACUCUUGGCUCAGAUCACGGCCCCGUGGGUAGACUGUUCCGGAGGCACGCUCCGACGGAUGAGGGACAGCAUGGACUCGCUCGUCAUGUCCCUGACGGAGAUGAUCGAGGGCGCCAAGAGCGGAGACGUGUUCUUGCUGUCAGCCGCUGCUCUGGCCAACUUGUCCUUUCUGGACCGCCUUGCCCUGGAGUGCAUCUACAAGCACAAGUCCAUUCGGGCCGUCAUGGUUGCUGCCAGGCAACGCGACCUUGCCGGCUCCAUCUUCGCCAAAGAUCAGGUUGCAACGAUCUUGGCCAACGUGUCCGCCGGAAAGUACUGCCACGCCGACAUCGUGGACACCGGGGCGCUCGUUCAGCUCAUCUGCUACCUCCAAGUGCGUCCGUCCAGCCUAUUCAGCACGGGGGAGACAGAUGCGUGCGAACGGGUCCAACAGAAGUCGGCCAUCGCACUUGCCCGCCUUUGCACCGACCCGAGCACAGCCGGCAUGGUCUUGCAAAUGCAAGGAGUGCACCGACUGGUUCGACUGUGCAAGGAUCCCAAAGAACGGAACAACAGCAACUCCGUCCUGGUGGCCUGCCUGGCGGCGCUGCGCAAAAUCGCGUCGUCGUCCGGCAACAAGGGACUGCAAGAUCUCGGAGCGUCUGAACUGGUGAAGAACGAGCUGUGGGACUCGUUUCAGCAGUACUCCAACAAGCACGAGAGCUACGUGUGAUCGUGUGCAAAAAACUGAACCGCUCUUCCAAGAUCAAACAGAUGAUGUCGCGCUGUGAGGUCAUCUUACGGACGCCGUCGCGGUGCUUUUCGGCGGCGGGACAACUCGUGCGCGUGCCCAGCUGUGCAAAAACUGCUGCGUCGCGUCAUGUUGAACAUUGGUUGUAAGAAGACGUUUGACCGUGUAGCCCCUACCGAUUUCUGAAUUCGGUCACGACGGCCGAAGAGUCAAGGUCGCACGAUGAAGUGAAGGAGAGCUCAGAGUCAAAGUUGUCCACACCCUGUCGCGUUCAGACUAUAUCGGUGACUGUGUUGGUGCUAGAGACCACAAUCAAAACUAUUUUUUUGUAUAACCAGACUGUUUUUUUUUUCUAAGUCAGGAAGUAUACGCUCAUUUAACAUUGUUUCGGAUAGUCAGUUCGUAAUAGUCAUAACAUGAUAGUCAACUUCGGAAAAUUACUUUAUAAACGAUAAAUUUAGAAAACAACAACAACGUUCUUUAUCGAACUUUACGUUCGGGAGAGAUGGAUGAGUUGACUAGUUUAGGAAACGAAAAAAAAAAAAAAAACAGUUUGAAAUGAAGCAACAACAACGGUAGUACAGUAGAAAUGUCUUUCACGUCAAUGUUUUUAAACGAUUCUAGUCGUACGAUUCUAGUUCCAAAGAUGUAUAUAGUUGUAUAUAAAAAUUAGAGUUAUAUAUAUAUAUAAAUAUAUAUAUGUAUAGAGUCACUGUAAUAUAUGCAACACCGCCCAUUCAAUCAAUGCCAUCCAGCACAUAUAUAUUACGCUUUAUUUUCUUUACGUCUUGUUCUUUGUGCAUGGCUUUACUGCUGCUUUGAACUAAAAGGCUUCGAAUACAGCUAGUGCUUGUGACCAAAGAUUAACCCCGCGCUGCGCAUUUAAUUUUAGUCGUGUUUGUCCCAGUGCUCUUACUAACCGGUUAUUUUGUCGUCCACCGCAAUAAACUGCUUGGAAAUAAAUUG